AUGGCUGAUGGGCCGAAGCCGUGGAGGAGAAGCAUCACCGGUCUUGCAUCGACUUUAUGGUCUAGAGAUGAUGGACCCCAGAAGUGGAUGGUUGUUUCAGAAUCUAUGGAAAGAGUCUGCGACGUUAGUCCUGACGCCGUGAGGCAGCGGCGGAGCUUUCUUCGCGAUGCAAUCUCCACGUCGGAUUUGAGGCUCGGGAAAUGCACACACGCACGUAUCUUAGCCUUAGAGGAAAGCCCAGAACGAUUCCUUGUCAACAAUCUCAUCUCAAUGUACUCAAAGUGUGGAUCACUCAGUUAUGCUCGCAACGUGUUCGAUAAAAUGCCUGAAAGAGAUCUCGUUUCCUGGAACUCGAUUUUAGCUGCUUAUGCGCAGUCUGCCGAAGGUGUUAUCGAGAAUAUUGAAGAAGGGUUUCUUCUUUUUAGGAUUUUAAGGCAGAACGUUGUGUUUACUAGUCGAAUGACUCUGGCUCCGGUGUUGAAACUCUGUUUGUAUUCUGGGUAUGUGUGGGCUUCAGAGGCGGUUCAUGGGUAUGCUUGCAAGAUUGGUUUGGAUAAUGAUGAGUUUGUUUCUGGAGCUCUUGUUAAUAUAUAUCUGAAGUUUGGUAAGGUUAAGGAAGGUAGGGUUUUGUUUGAACAGAUGCCUUAUAGAGAUGUUGUGUUAUGGAACGUAAUGUUGAAGGCUUAUCUUGAUAUGGGUUUUAAAGAAGAAGCUGUUGAACUCUCUUCUGCAUUUCAUAGAAGUGGCUUGGAUCCCAAUGGUACCACCUUGCGUCUACUCGAUAGAGUGUCUAGUGAUGUUUCUGAAGGAGGACAAGUGAAGUCCCUUGCAAAUGGUCAUAAUGAUGCUUCAGAAAUAAGAUCCAAGAACCAAAUAUUGACUAAAUAUCUCAAGGCAAGCAAGCAUUCAGCUCUUCUCCAAUGUUUUGCGGAUAUGGUUGAGUCUAACUUGGAAUGUGAUGAUGUUACAUUUAUUUUGGUGUUAGCGACAGCUGUUAGGUUAGAUAGCUUAGCAUUAGGGCAGCAAGUUCAUUGUAUGGCAUUGAAGUUAGGAUUUGAUUUGAUGCUCACUGUGGCGAAUAGUGUAAUAAACAUGUACUGUAAGCUGAGAAAAGUGGGCUUUGCUAGGACAGUAUUUCACAGUAUGAGUGAAAGAGAUUUGAUUUCGUGGAAUUCAGUUAUCUCCGGUUUUGCUCAAACUGGCCUAGAAGUGGAAGCAGUGCGUCUGUUUAUGCAGCUGUUACGUUGUGGCUUCACACCAGACCAUUAUACCAUGACUAGUGUUCUAAAGGCAACGUCGUCUCUCUCUGAAAGCUUGUCGUUGAACAAACAAGUUCAUGUUCAUGCGAUUAAAACCAAUAAUGUUACCGACAGUUUUGUCUCUACUGCUCUGAUUGACGCCUACUCUCGGAACAAGUGUAUGAAAGAGGCAGAGAUUUUGUUCGAGAGGAACGAUUUCGACCUCAUCGCUUGUAAUGCCAUGAUGUCUGGUUAUAACCAAAGUAAUGACGGCCACAAGACUUUGAAGCUCUUCGCAUUGAUGCAUAAGCAGGGAGAGAGAUCCGAUGAUUUCACACUUGCAACAGUGCUUAAGACAUGUGGUUCCUUGUUUGAGGCAAAUCAAGGAAAGCAAGUUCAUGCUUAUGCAAUCAAGUCCGGAUACUACUUAGACCUAUGGGUCAGCAGUGGAGUUUUGGAUAUGUAUGUAAAAUGUGGCGAUAUAAGAGCAGCACAGUUUGCUUUCAAUAGUAUUCCUGUCCCCGACGAUGUUGCUUGGACUACUAUGAUAUCAGGAUGCAUAGAAAAUGGAAAAGAAGAGCGAGCUUUUCAUGUUUAUAGCCAGAUGAGGCUCAUGGGAGUGUUGCCUGAUGAAUUUACAAUAGCCACACUUGCGAAGGCAAGCUCUUGCUUGACGGCAUUAGAGCAAGGCCGGCAAAUCCACGCAAACGCCCUCAAGCUGAAUUGCACAGGUGAUCCGUUCGUUGGAACUUCACUAGUAGACAUGUAUGCUAAGUGUGGAAGUAUAGACGACGCAUAUUCUUUGUUUAAAAGAAUCGAAAUGAGGAACAUCGCUGCCUGGAACGCAAUGUUAGUAGGAUUAGCUCAACAUGGGGAAGGGAAAGAAGCGCUUCAGCUUUUCAAACAGAUGAAAUCUUUGGGUAUAAGACCUGACAAGGUCACAUUUAUCGGUGUUCUCUCUGCUUGCAGCCACUCAGGCUUAGUAUCCGAGGCCUACAAGCAUAUCGAAUCAAUGCAUCGAGACUAUGGAAUAAGGCCUGAGAUAGAACACUACUCUUGUUUAGCUGAUGCGCUUGGCCGUGCUGGACUUGUUCGAGAGGCUGAAAAAUUGAUUGAGUCAAUGUCCUUGGAAGCUUCAGCGUCCAUGUACAGAGCUCUCCUUGCAGCUUGCAGAGUUCAAGGGGAUACAGAAACAGGGAAGAGAGUGGCAACUAAGCUUUUGGAGCUAGAGCCAUUAGAUUCAUCAGCUUAUGUGCUCUUAUCUAACAUGUAUGCUGCUGCUUCCAAAUGGUCUGAGAUGAAACUCGCCCGGACAAUGAUGAAAGGUCAGAAAGUGAAAAAAGACCCGGGUUUCAGCUGGAUCGAGGUGAAAAACAAGAUCCAUCUAUUUGUUGUGGAUGAUAGAUCAAACCCUCAAAGUGAAUUGAUAUACGAAAAAGUAAAAGAUGUGAUCAGAGACAUCAAACAAGAAGGGUAUGUUCCUGAGACAGAUUUCACACUUGUAGAUGUGGAGGAAGAGGAGAAAGAACGUGCACUGUACUACCACAGCGAGAAGCUAGCGGUUGCUUUUGGGCUUAUGAGCACUCCUCCAUCAACACCUAUCAGGGUGAUCAAGAAUCUUCGUGUAUGUGGAGAUUGCCACAAUGCGAUGAAGUACAUAGCAAAGGUGUAUGAAAGAGAGAUUAUACUGAGAGAUGCAAACCGGUUUCACCGUUUCAAGGAUGGUAAAUGCUCAUGUGGUGAUUUUUGGUAG